AUGGAAAAAUAAUUAUGCCUCCAACAUAUGUAAAUUAUCUAAUCAGUCUGUCUCGAAAGAGAAUGCUACAAACAAUAUUACUGUUGUUGCGAAUGUCUCUUGGAAACUCAUUAAAAUCAUCAACUCAUGAAUGCAAACGACUUUCAAGACCUUGAAAAAUCAAUUAAAGAUUCCUCACAGUAACUAUUAUAAGAUAUUGAAUUCACUCAAUAAAUUGUUUUCGAAUAAUUUAAUUCCUACAGAACUUUAGUCGAUAAUUAUAUAUCCAAACAAAAUCAAAUCAAUAAAAAGGAAUUCUCAAUUAUCCAAUAAUCUAUUAGUCAAAGACUUCUAAAGAUAAGACACCUUAUUCUAAAAAAAGUGAUCAAUGAAUUUCAAAUCAAAUUGCUUUGGACAGAAGAUGAAAUUUAAGAAAUCUCAUAGUAUUUGCAAGACUUUGAUAAUAAGGAUUUCAUUCAAAAGUUAGCAGAUUGGUAAGAGAAAUUAAGAGAAGAACAUAAUUCUAUUCUCAGCAGUAUUCAAAUUGACAUUGAAACAGAAUAAUGUGAAAUAACAACACUUGAAUAAUAGGAUUAAUCUAUUUAUUAUGGCUAAAAUGUGAAUGGAACCUUACAUGGAAGAGGAAUCAUAAUUGGAUAAACAUUUAUAUAGGAUGGACUAUUUAAAAAUGGAUAAUUUGUUUAUGGAUUAUGGUUGGUUGAAAAUUAAGCAAGAGAAAUCAUAUCUAAAGAAGGAGUGGUUGAUGAGUAGGUUCAGAGAUAAAUGAAAUCAAUUAUAGUAUAAACAAACUACUUAAAGACAAUUAAGGAUUAUGACGAGUUGAAAACAUCUAAUAUCAAAAGAUUUUAGUGGGACGAGUAAGAACAAGAGAAAAUCUCCUAAAUUCUAUAAAAUGUGAUGAAUCCUAAAGUGGUGAAUCAACACAGACAACUAUUACUUUACUUUGAAAUCCCAGAAGAAUAUCAUUAUUUACAAUUCAUCAAAUAUUAAGAAACUAAACAAAUCAAUAAGGAUUAGUUAUACUUUGGUAGCCUUAUGGAAGAUUAAUAAACAUUGCAUGGGAGAGGAAUUCUUUUUGAAGGAAACUAUUCUAUAAAAGAUGGAAUAUGGGAAGAGGGUGAAUUUAUAUGGGGAAUAUGGAUAUCUCUGAUGAAUAACCAAUUAUUCCAAUACUAUGGUACUAUAACGGAAGAGUAAAUCAAGUAAUAUGAAGAAUUUAAACUGUUAUAGAAAGAAUAGGAGAAGCAAGAGCAAAACGAGAUAUAAAAAUUAAAUCAUCUAAAGAAACUAAGAUUUUUCAAGCGUAUUUAUUAAUUUAUGGAUACUUUGAUAUCAGGUUAUGUACAUAAUAUAAAAUUAAAAGAAGUGUAUAACAAGAAUAAAUUAGAUAAAGAAAUUGAUGUUAAUGAGAAAUAUUUGCAAUUUGAAAAUGAACCAGAUAUUAUUAGAAAUAAUCGACAAUUAUAUAUAGGUUUCUAGAAUGCAGAUGGUAGCCCUAAUAGCAUUGGAUUUUAUUGUGAUUAGAAUCUAAUUGCUGGAGGAUACUGGGAGAAUGGAAUUUUGUUAUGGGGAACUUACCACAAAUACAUAAGUGAAACAGAUCAAAUAAAUGUAUAGUAGAACAUACCAAAGGAUAUCUAAGAAAAAAUAUAAAUAAUCAAAUGA